CACCCACGCCACUGACUUGCGUGCAUAAACUCAGACACAGAGACACGCACAUACUCACACACACAAAAGCACACAGAUCUGAGAACGCUUGAGCUGGGCUGAGAUGAUGAAGACAGACAUUAGUCUCAGCAAAGGAGGCGGCCAUAGAGACUAAUGAGUCAGAGACAGCCAGUGAGAAAGAGAGAUCUCUCUGCUGAAACCUGCCUCUUGUGUCUAGUUCAAAGACCCUUUCCAGGACCUUGGAAGCAGAGGGUGUGUUUUUAUUUUUCCUUCCUUUUUUAAAGAGGGAAUUCCAUUUGGCUUCUACUGAGGUGUCUCUGUCAACUUACCAGGUUCUUCCCCCACGUUCUCAUUCACUGGGCCGGGUCUUCACGUGUGUGUGUGUGUGUGUGUGUGUGGUCUCACAGGGUUGUCCAGAGACUGGCUUUGGGAGUUUUUUUUUUUCCUUUUCAUCAUUAUUGCAUGAGAAGCGGAAGAUCCUCCUCUGUCGCCAUCGCAGAGCGUUCUCUCUCUGGCAACUCCACUACAGGAUGUGGACUCUCCUGCACACGUUGCUGCUGCUGUUGGGCUUCCUGAGGCUGACGCCGGCCGCUGAAGACCAGAGAAACCCCCCCUUAUCUUCCCAGAACCGUUGGAUCAAGGAGAUGCGGUCUGCUUCAAGUCUUGAUGAGGUUCUGAGGCUGACUAACUACGCGGACUGGAAGCUGUGGAGAUGCCGUCUGAAGCUAAAGCUGAAGAACCUGGACUCGUCUCCGCUGAUGGAGGACCGCGCCCCAUCACACCGCUCCACCCGCUACGCCUCCCCCACCUACAGCCUGGAGAUCCUCAAUGCCAUCAAGGAUGAGUGGGAGAAGACGCAGUGCAUGCCCAGGGAGACCUGUGUAGACGUUGCCACGGAGAUGGGCUCACCGACAGACAUUUUCUUCAAGCCGCCGUGCGUCUCCGUGUUCAGGUGUAACGGCUGCUGCAACAAAGAGGGCGUCGCCUGCCGGAACACCAGCACCACCUACGUCAACAAAACUCUCUUCAGUGUGACCCCCUUCAAAACGUCCCCCGAGCCUGUGCUGGUGAAGGUGGCCAAUCACACGGAGUGUAAGUGUCUGGAGCCCCCGAUGAUCCGUCGGCACACGGCCACCCGCACAAGGAACUGGUGUUCUCUAGCAGGCCAGCCCGACGUCUCCCACAGGCUCUGUGACAACGGGCUGAUUUGGGACUGCAUGGAGGACCGCUGUGUCCCGUACCCCUCACAAAAACCAGUAGCAUCCACCAACGUCCAGAGGGCUCACUGUGAAAUCGAUGUGAAUCGCUGCGAGUGCAUUCCGAGAGACCAGCGUCCAAGUCAACCUCCAAGGAAUUGAAAACAAGUCGUCGGAUCAACCAGGAGUAGCUCAACUGCAAAUGAAGAAAUAGCCAAUGGAGGAAUGAGAACGCAGACAAUCUGCUGGACUUGAAAGCAGAACACCACAUUCUAAUUUAUUAAUGAAUGUCCCUAUUUAUAUCACAUGGCCUUGUACAGCCUUUGCAUUUUAACCAUCACCUGAUUGAUUCUAUCAUUAACAAAACUGCAAAAGGCUUUUUUAACAUGUGCUUCUGAGUGGUUCCGAUUCAGAGUAGUGUGUAAAUAUGACGCAUGCCUUCCUUCUGUGCACUGAGCAAAACAAAUCAAAAAUGUACUUUAAAAGAAUGAUAUUUUUGUAAUUUCUUGCCAAGCUGUGUAAAUAGAUAU